AUGUCAGGAUUCUCCAAAGUCGUAUUGCAAUUAGGUCAGCAAUUCAAUUUACCUAAUAAUGUCGGCAAAGAAAGGAAUAAAAAUGGCGAGUACAACAAUAAUGAAAGCGAUUCUAAUUCUAAUGUAAAGAAAAAGUUUUUCAUAAUACCAUACUUAAAUAAAGUAUCGGAAAGGUUUCAAAGACUAUCACAUAUUCAUGGUUUUAAUACCGCUUAUAAACCUAUAAAUAAAAUGAAUAGAUUUAUAAAAACUGGAAAAGAUCCCUUGCGUAAAGAGGACCAUCGUGGAGGUUUACAAAAUUGUUCAAAUUGCUCAACACCCUUUUUUCGGGGUAUAAAUAGAGGUCCCGCGGAAGCACAGAGUCAGUACCAAAUUUUAAAGCAUCCGGUUCACUUCGUAAUCAGUAUAACCCGCGUCAACCAGGAAUCGCCAGUUGAGAUUCCGUCCGAGUGUAAACUUAUCGCAACUGAAGUUAACCAUACGCCACGGCAACUGUCCAUCAGACGCUCUUCGUUGGGCUCUCACAUAGACUCUCUACUCGAUAUCUUGGGGCAGCUAAAUAUGCGAACCAUCAAGAAACGCGGACGACUCCCCUAUAACCGAAGGAGUAGGCGGAACCCAAGGCCACCCACAAUCGCGCCGGCACAAUCGACUGUCGAACAAUCGACAGAAAUCUCUUACUCACCAACGCAACCGUUGGACCUCACCUCUUCUCCUGUAAUUGAUAUCCAAGAAAUCCUUGGUUAUUCCCCUCCUCCUCUCGAGGAACGAUUCCCUCCUCCUCCUCCUCUCGAGCAACGAUUCCCUCCUCCUCUUCUCGAGCAACGAUUCCCUCCUCCUCCUCCUCUCGAGGAACGAUUUCCUCCCCCUCCUCCUUACGAAUAACGAUUCCCACUCCCUCUCCCUCUUUCAGAUCAACUCUCGCCCCUCCCAUUUCGGCUAAGUUCCGAGCCGAUCAACAGGGAUCGGAU